CUAUGUAGCAGUGUGGAGUCCGUGAUUCGGGACAAAGGGCGGAAUCUGAGGAAAGCUGGAACGCUGUGUGGAAACAAGGCAUCUUUAAUCCACAGCGGGAACAACGUGUGCUUCUGUCGUCUGAGAACUACACGGAACUCAGCGCGAGUGAAUAACGCUAUUGAGGCGAUGAGCUGCGUGUUUCAGCCCCCAGUCAGAAUGAAGAAUUCGACUCUGCUGAAUAUAAAUCAGGUGACUGUACAGACGAGGGUCUUCAGAAACACCACCGAACAACAGCUGCGUUUGUGUGUCGCCUUCAGCAAACGCCUCAGCGUCGUCUUAUUGUCGUCUCAGAGCUGCGGCGUUACAGUUCCUGGGAUUCUUCACUCUGGAAAUCUUCAGAUGUGUUUGUUCAUUUUUUAAAUCAUAUGUUAAACAUUUUUAUUUUGCGUAUUGCUACAUUUUUGGUCUAGAAAUGUUUUUAUUGUACUUUUUACAGCUCUUAAGAAUUUGACCUUGAAUUUAAGAGGAUUUUUCUGGACUUUGUCAAACAUUUAUAUCUAAAAUUUAAAAAAAAAAAAAAAAAACUUAACCUAAUGAUUUUUUAAUAUAACUGCUUAUUGUCACAGUUUUUUUAAACUUUAUAUCAUGAAGCUUGAAUUUUGUAAAAUAAGUUCUUGAGGGUUUGAUUUUUUUCCUGUUUUAAUUGAAUACUUUUUCAAAACUAACUGCUUUUUAAAAAAAAUUUUUUUUACACAUUUGUCUCCCGUAUAAAUUUGAAUCGAUUAUUUAUUUGGACUUCUUCUCCAAUCAUUUUUUUCUUCCUCUUUAGUCGUUCCUCACUUUUUUCUGCACAGUUUUUGCCUCAAAUUUCUGUGGAUUUCUUCUUCCCCGGAGCUCCAGAUGAAGACGUCAGAGUCCCUCCGGUUGUCGUGGACGUUUCACUGGACGCUGGGGAUCGUCAGCGUGCUCACUCUGCUGAACUCGGCAGGAUUUAUGUUGCUCCUUCUCCAGACCAGAGAGUUUGAAAAUCGGAUGUAUGCGGUGGAGUCUCGUCUGGAGGAAAUCUCUCAGAGCUCGGUGGUGGAGUUCAUGACGGAGAUGAGCAGAAAUCAGCAGGACAUCCAGGAAGAUCUGCAGCAAAACUCCAGGAAUAAAAGGAGCCAGGAGCUGAAGGAAGCUCAGGCUCUGCAGCAGAAACUUCAGCUGGAACUGGAGGAGAAACUGGCCGAGAUUUCAGGAGACGGAACCGGAGAAGAAGUGUCGAGUAACAAGGAGAGGAACGUUCAGGACCAUCCGGAUUUCUAUCACAGGAUGGUGCAGCACGAUGGGAUGAUGAUGAUGAUGACGUACUCCAUGGUGCCGGUUAAAGUGUUACUGGACAUCUGUAACAGCACUAAAGGAGUUUGUCUCACUGGUCCUCCCGGACCACCAGGUUUGCCAGGUGUGGAUGGAAUGCCAGGAUACAACGGGACAAAUGGAAUUCCCGGUUUGCCAGGUGAACCUGGAGCACCCGGUAAACGAGGAAAAAGAGGUCCUCCAGGUGAAAAAGGUGAUCCAGGUGAGCCGGGUGUGAAAGGUGACCAAGGACGACCUGGAGAAAAGGGAGAACCUUCUAAUGAUGUGAUUGUAGAAGGUCCUCCUGGCCCCAUGGGACCGCCUGGAGCUCCAGGUCCGAUUGGCCCACCCGGGCUUCCAGGACCACCCGGACCACCGAGACCAGCCAGAAACAGAACUCAGAGAGCGCACCUGCACAUGGGCCAUGCAUCUGAAGGUUUCAUUCACGCUGUUUCACAUGAUCAUAUGAUGAGUCAAGGACCAGGGAAGCGGGGAAAGACCUCAAAAAACGAGUGCAUCAUAAAGUCAGUAAAGGAUCCGAGGAACCUGGCGAAGAUGGAGAGUACGUUUGGAACCUGGAUGAAAGACACAGCAGUGGGAGAUGAUGAGAAGAUCUGGGUAGCAGAACAUUUCUCAGGUCGUAUUAUGAAGGAGUUCAGCAGCAUCGCCGCCUGGCAGAACAGCAGCAGCAAGUCCAUCGACGUGAAGAAGUUUUUCCAAGGAUGCGGACAUUUAGUUCACAACAACUUCAUUUAUUACCACAUCGCCGGGACCUACAGCAUCGCCCGGUAUAAUCUACACACUGAGACGUUACACACACUGGCCAUAGAGAACGCGUUCUACCACAACCUGUCCUACCUGCUGCGGAACUCGAAGACCUACUUUAAAAUGGCGGCGGAUGAAAGCGGCUUGUGGCUCGUCUUCGCCUCGAGCGUCGACGAGAACAUCGUGGUGGCGCAACUAGACGAGAAAACGUUCUCCAUAACGGCGUACAUUAACACCAGCUACCCGAGAAGCAAAGCGGGAAACGCCUUCAUCGCGUGCGGCGUCCUCUACGUCACCGACGUCAAAGACACCAGAGUGACCUACGCCUUCGAUCUCCUCAAACAAAAACCUCUCAACGUUAGCUUCGACCUCUGGACUCCGGCUAGCGUGCUAUCCAUGAUGUCUUACAAUCCUAAAGACCGGCAUUUAUACGUUUGGGACAGCGGACACGUCAAAUCCUACAGAGUCCAUUUUCUUUCUGAUGACAGUUUUUAAUAUAUGAAGUCCUCUGGGUCCUAGAGGACUGGUUUCCUUUCAAAAUUACUCUUCACUAGUACAGCGUUCGUGCCCAUUCCUUUAUCCACACAAUUUAUUCCAAAUUGAUUUUUAUUGCAAAACACUACAGGGAAUAUAGUAAAUUUUAAACAAUAAACAUCGCAACCAGUCUCUCUUUUUUUUUUUUUGCUAUCAGAAUAUUUUUUAAAGAAAUGUGCAACUAUUUAUGCAAAUGAGGCUUUGUCUAAUUAAAUAUGCAUGAUUUUGCAUACAUCCUACAACCAAAAGUCUAAAUCUAGGACGACGUCAGAAUUAAAAUGUUGAUUUCACUGCUCAGACUUUUACAGAAGUUUGUUGGAAUGCGAUUUUCAGUAUAAAAUCAAACAUAAAUCCAACAAUACUCGAUAUUUCGAGCAGUUCCUCUGUAAUAAGCUUCUAGUUUGGGCUAGGAACGUUCUAAUAUAAUGUGGAUUUCAUAAUGUAUUUACACACUAGUUUAGUGUCAUUCAUAAGGUUUAUUUUUAAAAAAAUUGACCUGAUUAAUCAUCAUAACCUAAAAACAAGCUUUUCAGAGAUAUGACGUGAUUUUGAUGUGGGCGGAGCUUAAAGCCUUCUUUGAAGUUGCAGAUCAAGUUUAAGAUAAAAUGGCGAACAAACACGGUGAAAAACAUUUUUCUGUUGGGUUUAGAUAUUUUUAUUGCUACACAUCAAGAGUCGACGUGAUAUAGACGGGAUUUAUCCAAAAACCAUCAUUUCUACCUGCAGCGGAGUUUAAACCUUAAACUCCACAGACUUCUGUUCAGUUCUGACUCAUUUAAAGCUCCUUAACUCUACUACUAAAACACACUGAAAUGUGAUGUGCAGGAAGGAGGCGCUGUUACAGGAAGUCUAACACUAGAACCUCAGUGUGUUGAGUCUGUAUCACUGUGACAUCGUCGUAUCCGUAAUGUUUCUAUUAUGCUUUCUAAAUUCACAGAUUUUUAAAAACAUUUUUCUUCCAGAUGUUGUUUCAAUGAAAGUGCGAGACAAAAUGAAACGAAACAUGUGAACAAGAUCUAGAAAGAUUUAAUCCUCAACGUUCUGACGAGAUAAAAACGCAGAUUCUUUCUAAUAAUACAUUCUGUAAGUUUUCCUGAAAUAAAAUCAGAUUUUGAACUUGACUGUAUUUAUGAACUCCAGUCAUACAGGAACGAAAUUUUGACCUAAAAAAAAGUUGUAAAUGAUUUAAUGUUGAGUUUUGCUCGGCGUUCCAGUAUGAAGUACUGCACCUUAGUGAACGCUCAGGACCUGAAACAAACGCUCGGUUCGUUCCACCUUAAUUAAAUGAUGACGAUGAACAGUUGGAUGAUUUGUUCUUGUGAUGUGUACUGAAUUCGAGGUUGUUUAUAUGUUACACGUUGUACUGCAAUGUUUUUGGCUUAUAGAUGUUGUUACAGAAUAUGCUGAAUAUUAAUCUCUUUAUUCCAUUAUAAACUUCACACGCAAUUUUCUAACAAUUAUCAGUAACAAAGCGUCCCUAACACAAAUCUUUUGUAUUGUUAUUCCUACAAAUGUGUAUAUUUAAAUAAAUAAAGUCUUGAAUGCGUUUGUGAUUGAAUUAAAAGGUGACGACAGUCUCCACGGUCAUGUUUGUUUAUGUACAUUAACGUAUCGUCACGUGGGAUGACGACUUUACAAUGAGCACUAGCUCAACUUCUGGAGGGAAAACUUCAGUAUAACCACAAGACACGUUUUCGUUAUUACUGAGCAUCAGUGAAGUCUGAUAUAAACGGAGUCUUUGUUGAUUUUCGUGUAUUCUGUAGAAUUUAAUAUAUAAUAGCAGGUCAUGGCUGAGGACUGAGAGAACAGGAAACUGUAGGCAGCAGAAUUAUUUGUACACAGACACUGAUUUGUCACUUUAUCACAAUGUAUUUAGUCUAAAAUAACGAAAUCAGGUGCACAUGGCAAACUAGGUCAUUUUAGAGCUUU